AUGGCCUUGAUCCGUGCGGCGCUGCUGGCCUCCCCGGUGACGGCGACGUUGAAGCGUCCUGAACUCUCGGAGCGUUUCAGCCUACGUUGCCGGGUGCAUGCCUGUUUGCGAGCACCUGUCGUCUCCUGUUUGGGAUCGUACUCAUCCCAAAGCUUUCCAACUGGCGAGGCCGCUGUUGCUUCACCAUCAACCUCUCCGGAGGUGCUAAAAGGCGGGCUUAGCUACGCGCAGAAAAGUUCUGUGGAUGGAAGCGGCGGCGCUACUGCCGUCGUCCCAACCGCAGGCUCCACGGAAGCCACCAUCGAGAGGGUAGGCGAACGAGAUUCCCUCCUCCUUAGCUGCUUUGGAUCAUCUUGGGCAUUGCCUAACUUGAUCACUUAUGUUCUGUCAUUAAACAAUUGAAUAUCUCUAUGUGCAAAAGGCACGGGCUAUCUUCUCCAGGAUUCCAGGAGAAUUUGCACAUCCGGUCUUCCGUGACUAAUGAUGAGAAUCUGCGUUGGAGCGGGGAAUGUCACUUUGUUUCUUGUAAUCGAGUCAUAGGUUAGAAUCUAUAUAUGGAAGCAUUCAUCUAUGAGUGCAAUAUUUGAAUCAAAACAGUUGAGAUGUUCAUCUUUUUCUGUAACUUUGCUAAUUUGAAAUCUAUUUUAUGGGGGACCUAAAAAGUUUAUGCUAGUCAACGUUCUUUGAGAAGGCAUUGCGCAGUUUUAAUUUAGGCCAGGUUCAGUACUUUAUAAUUUCUGUCUUUUGUGCUCCUUUGAGGCAAAAUUCAUCUUCUGCAUCAAACAAAAUAUGAUAGUAUAUAUGCUGUUUUGUUAAGCUGAUAGGAUGAUUGCACUAGGUGACUUUCAUGCGUUUAUCAAAGUGGUUGACAGUAGUUUGAGCAAUAUUUUCUGACGUACUUUACUUCUUCUCGUAGAUGGUAGUUGAUAAACCAAAUUUACUUGUUGAAACCUAAUACUGGCCUUUAAUGUUAUUGAAUACCAGUUAGAUAAGAAUAAGUUCAAGGAGAUCCUACAAGUUCUUUAUGAUUCCUCUAGUAUGUCUAUUCUAUUGUUUUCUUUUUAAGCCUCCAUCAUAUUCUUCUGUUACUAUUUUUGGUUUUGUGUAACUAAUUGUCUAUUGAGUUUAAGAAAGGUGGCUCUUGAUCAACUUCAGUAAUUUUGAAAAAAUCAUAUUAGAAAAUCCAUAAAUCUAGUGUUUGCUGAUAAAAAGAACGAAUUUACAGAUCUUGAUUCAGAUCUGUUGUUUGAAUUGAAGGUAUUUUUUAAAUUUUUUUAUCCUUUCUCCGUUUAAGUUUUACAGAAAUCUAUUCAAAUACUGAUGGAAGCGUCCUUGCCGAAAAUCGCAUCUUAAUAUGACCUUUUCCCCUUGGUGCUGAAAUUUCUUUUUUUUUCUUCACCGCAAAAAAAUAAAUCUCUUUUUUAUUUCCUUGAUGUGAAGUCCCUAAUCUUUUGAAUAUCUAAUUUGUGAGCAGGUAAUCUUUGACUUCCGUUUCUUGGCGCUUCUUGCAGUUGGAGGCUCUCUAGCAGGUUCCUUGCUGUGCUUCCUAAAUGUAUGCAUAUUCCUGAUAUGCUUAUGAACAUCAGUGGUCGUUAAAUUUUGUGUCAUUUUGCGAUGUGGCAGUGAGAUAGUAUUUUUUUUGCUUUUGCCUGCGAACGUUUUCUUUCUUUAAUUUUGUUUCACUAAGACUGAGAUAUUCUCUUUCUCCAGCUAGACACAUAAUCCAGACAAAAUAAUUCCAGUACACCAAUUUUUUGUUCGUAUGUCUAAUGUACAAGCAUCAUGAUCACCCUUUUACCGUUGCAUUAUGAAUGUUUCGGGAAACUGUUAAAAUUACUGUUCAUCUACCCUUAACCGUAUGAGUGGUGCCUUCUAUUCUUCGAGAGGCGCGAUUGUUAGAUCUAGUUGGCGUUUUCUCUUCAUAUACCAUAAAUUUCGUGGGCUUUUAGUCCAAAUGCAGGUUCCAACAAUCAUCCAUAUUGUGAUUGUCUCUUUUGUAGUGAUGACAAAUUUUGGUUCAAUUGUUUUUAUCUUUUAUUUGGUCCGUUUCCUCCUUUAAGUAUCUUUUGUUGAAGCAUUGCUUAUGGUUGAAUAAUUCGGGAAUUAUUUUCACUUCAUAGGUAAUAUGGUCGAAUGCAUGUUUAUAUUUACUAAAAAUUGGGACUGCCUAUUGGAUGCUCCCUUAAACAAUAAAGGAAUCAAUUUAAGAUAAAUUCUCUGAAAGUUACAUAUUGCAAAAAUGAUUUCUACAAAAAUUCGUAUUACUCCUAGAAAAAAAGAGCCGUCCUACAUACUUUAUUGAGCUUCAACAAUUGAUGGUGUAAAAUAUUUAAAAUUUGUUGUCUUGGUUGUCUUCAAUUCAUUAUGUCUAGAAGGCUGGGGAAGGAUUUUUUAUUGGAGAAAAACAUAAAUAGUAUGUAACCAAACAAGAUUGUAGAGUCAAAAAAUUUCACCGAUGGAUGAAGCAUCCCAUUUUUCUUUGUCAACUUUUAGUUGGAGUCGAACUGAAGAUUGAAACCUCAGAAUUUUAGUGAGGUCUCUUGGAAAUGGCAGAAAUUCAUGACCCUGAAGAAUAUCUGAUAGGAAAAGGACUUAUUUGUGAAAACAAUAGUAUGGAUAAUACAUUGAACAAAAACGCUGCAGGAUUAGAAUGGUGGUUAAUAUUUCAUUUGUGAUUAAUAUAUCUUUUCCUAUUAUGCAAGGGCUCAUUCAUUUACUUCGCAUUUUUUAGUCAAUUAAGGGCAUGUUUUCUUUUCCAUACCUCGGUUUAUCGAGAAAGCUGGAUUCCUUACGGUUGGACCUGAUUUGUUUCAUUUGAAUAGGGCUGUGUCUACAUUGUUGAUGCGUACAGGGUUUACUGGACAAGCUGUGUCAAAGGGGUACACACAGGCCAGAUGGUUCUACGAUUAGUUGAGGCUAUUGGUGAGGAUCUCUCUGGUUUCAUUUAAGAAGUAACUUCAUUUUGUAAGCGACAGAAAAAAAUUAUGCUUGACAAGUGAAUGAAAUUAUGUCCGAGUUGGGAGAUAACUAUACUUCAAUGCCUUUCUUAACGCUCAUUCCUGCCUUAUUCUAUUGAGAUGUUGGAGUUGGUGCCAUCUGUUUCAAGCUAGAAAUCAUUUUAUCCAGUUAUCCCUUUUUUUGAAUAGUAGCGAAUAAGUCAAUCUACAAGGGUUUUAUGAGUUUUGGGGAGUUUUAUUGUUUUUUUCUCCUUCACCAAUUCUGACUAUCUUUUAGUUAAUUUUCGCACUUAAUUUUUUAUUUGAUUUCUAUUGUUUUCCUCAUUGUGAAGUCAAAAGUUGUCUCAAAGCACCAUUUCAAAUAUGUCGAUCCUCAUUAACUUUCCUGGUGCACUUGAUAAAGUAUCCAUCCCCCAAGAUGGGCGGAGGUUGGAUCAAGAAUGAGGAAGAAUGCUUUUCAUGUUACAACUCAACGAGGUUCUGAUAUUUAUAUUAGACCCUCUCAGAAGGUUCUAGACACCAGUAAUCAGAAAAGGAAAAAACAUGGCAGGUGACAUGUCAGGUACAAUAAUUCAAGGUACUCCAAAAAAAUCCUGGUUAGGUACCAGCAUAUAAGUGAGAAACAUAGUUUAAGACACAUACGGGUGAGCACAUCAUCUGUGGGCUUUUUCUGGUAUUGCCUGUGACAACCAAAACUUGAGUGGAUAGUUGAAACCUGUUCUGAUGAUAGCCUUAGGCUCCUCGGCUCCCACAUUCCAGACACGAUGUGUGACUUUUGGGAUGUUGAAAGAUAUUAUUGCACAAUGAAAAAGCCUGUUGGAGAAGGAGAUUGAAUACAAGUGGACCUUUUGUCGACCAAUUGUCUUAUCUAUGCAUUGAAGAUAUUAGAUGCAAGUGUAUGUUUGUUAGAUAGUUUGGAGAGCUUGCACACCACUGCAAAGGGAAACCUACCAGCAAAGAGAGGAACCAUAUAGAGGUUACUUUCGAGGAUCUCUUGUUACCCUUGUGACUGUAAGAACUGACGAAGGUCAAGAUGCCAAUAACAGUGAUAACUUACAUUAUGCUUUCAACAGUUUGGACUAUCUUUCUAGUCUUCACAUAAACCUUUAGCAUUAAUGGCUAAGAUGGCACAUUUCCCUUGGUAAGUUUAGACACUUUUACCCUUGGUGAUUCCAGACUUAACAUUCAUCAGUUCAACUAUGCCCCGAGUAGGGUAUGUUACCCUUGGUCUUUCUUCUGAAGGAACCUUUUGAACACACUUAAAAGUCUUUGUCCAUCCCCUUUCCGUAUGAAACUAGCUUGGAAUAAAUAUUUAGGUUAAAUGCACAUCUCUUGGAGAUCGUUGGGACCAGCAUAUUUAUUGUUGCAUCUACCCUAUGCUACUUAGUGUUCAGAACGCUAAUCAUAUGAUAGUAAUCCUCUCAAAUCAUGCUUGGCCAGCUAUUUGGGGCAGCUGAACUCCAUUGAAUUGUCUGGGAACCGGGACGAUGCAAGUUGUAUCGGCUAGUUUGUGGCCAACCCAUUCAGAAUCGACUGAUUUUGGAACAGUUGUUUGUUGAGAUCACCCAAUCUGGUCACAUGUUGAAAAAAAUAUUUUUGCCUUGGGGAAGAACAGUAUCCCUCAUCCCCAAAUCGGGUUAGAUUAGAUUCAAAACAACUGUUUUCACUACUACCCUCUCUUUAUUCCAUAUUAUUAGAACAUAUAGAAUAAUGAUUUUUUAAUUCAUUCUGAAUCAUGAUUAUCCCCUCAAAAUGGCCAUUUCGGCCAGCCAAACCCUGGGCGAUCAUGAUCAUGUCUUUCUAAUGUUUAAAAUUUUUAUCUGUUGACGAGUCAAGUUUUCACGCUUGCCUAUCCGAAUCGGGAUUGCUAAUCGUCCAUCAAUUUAGAAUGUUUAGGUUUCAUUUUUGAACAAAUUAUUUUUACGUUGAAUAUUUAUGGGGGAAUCCAUUUCUACUUCUGACGCAUAGCAAGACUUUUAUUGCGCCUUCCUCCACUAGAAAGCUGAGUUCUCUUCUUGUUUAGAUGUCUAUCUCGCAGGCACAGUAAUGUUAAUAUUUGGCAUGGGCUUGUAUGGUUUAUUCAUCAGCAACGUGCCUCCUACUUUACCUCCUAGCAUGGACCGUUCUCUCAAGGGAUCUUCUUUGUUUGGGAUGUUUUCUUUAAAGGUAACUUUCAUGUACAUAAUAAUCAUCAUUCAUAAUACAUGCUUGGUUCUUCUAUCUAUUUAUUUUCGUGUUUUGCUUGCUCUCUUUGCAUUUCUGAUGGCAUUUCUAAGAAAGAUGCUAUGUGGGUAUUUCAUGUUCCCUGUGUUGUGUUUCUCACUUCUAGAACGACAAUCUGGUACUAAUUUUCAUACUGUCUUACUGGCCAUGAUGGACACAUCUCACAGGGAGACGAUAGAUAUUUGGUUUCUGCAGGACACAUCUGACAUGAGAACGAAAUCUAAAACCUAAAUGGGAAAGAAAUUAAAUUGAAAACGUUUCUCGAGCUCUUUGAAGCCCAUCAAGUAAAAUCGUAAUUGUUAGGCUUUGGGAGCCAAAUCUUCUUGUAAUCUGAAGAUAUCAGAUGAUCAGUUCCAUUUCUGGCUACGGGUUCUCCAUUCCAAUUGUCUGCAGCCCAACCAUUUGAGCUUUUUCAUUCCGACUUCUUGGAAAUGAUGAAAUAAUCAUAAUUCACUCUUGAUCAUAUCGGAGUCGACAUGAGAAGACACAAUCCUGUUGGAGAGAACUAGUAUAUUUACUGGCAUGUGGAUGGAUGGAUGGAUGGUUCACUUAAGGGGAAGAACAAUUUAACCAGCAUUUGUGCAUAGUCAAAAUGCCUAUUAAUUUGAUUUAUUUUUCCUGUUAAUAAUUUGAGAAAAUCAAGGGAUUUAAUCUCCACUGUUAAUAACUAAUCUACAUGAUUAUUCAUUAAUCUCCAUUGAAACGGGAUUUUCUCAUUCUCUCACUGUACCUGUCAUUGAUUUGAACCAUUCUGUCAGACCAGAACAAAUGACUUCCAAUUUGGUUUAUUUUUCCUGUUAAUAAUUAGAGAAAAAGUGAGGGAUUUAAUCUCCAUUGUUAAUAUCUAAUCUAUAUGAUUAUUCAUACUCUAUAAUCUAAUCCGGUAUUCAGACCAUGCUCAUCUAUCGAUGGUAGUUAUACCGAGGGAUCCUUGAUUUAAAUGCUUUCAGUGAAAGGGAACCUGAUCGAGCUGAAAUUCUCAUGCAAUGAUGAAUCUCAGUACCCUUCCUCUUGUGCUUUGACUCCAAAGAAUUGCAGUUCAUCGAGGUUUCCAUGUCGCUCAUGCAGGAAAGACCAAAGUGGAUGAAAAUAAGUUCUCUUGAUGAACUGAAGACAAAGGUGGGGCACGUCAUAGUGAUGAUCCUCCUUGUGAAGAUGUUCGAGAGAAGCAAGAUGGUGAGCAUUGUCACGGGUAUUGAUCUCCUCAGCUACUCUGUGUGCAUAUUUCUAUCAUCUGCUUCCUUGUACAUUCUCCAUAAUCUCCAUAAGACAGAUUAA